AUGAACUCUGUGUUGGAUUCUCCUCUCGAAGCUCUUGCUUUCAACUAUGUCAGCUUCGGAUUGUUCACUGUUGUGAACAAUUUGUGGACUUGGGUCGCCGUUUUGACGGCCGCCGUCAGCUUCUUGAGCCUCAGGCUCAGAGCCAGUACCAGAGCUGCCAGCACUGCUAUCUCUUCUUCUUGCCUGUUCAACUCACCACCUUCCAAUGACGACCGGAGCUCAAAUGGGUCGUCGCCGGUUCCGGAGAUAACGCCUUCGGAAACGCCCGACGAGCCACCCUGCUCUGUUUUGUCUCUGGUGGCUGCGCCUUAUAAGUUUGAAGAUGAUAGAAUAGUAGUGACAAAAGGGCUGAAGUUCACUCUGUAUUAUGAGGAUAACGCAGAAGGCGACGUUGACCUAAAGGCGGAGGAAGCGGGAGAGUGCGACGGCGAUGAGGCGGUGGCUGAAGGUUGUGGGGAGUGGUUGGAGGGUGUUCUGAGGCUGAGAUUAGGGGAGAUGGGUUGGUACAGGCACCAGGACUUGACUGAGCUUAACGGUAACGUCGUUAGAUUAUGGGAUGGUUGUAGAGUUGGCGCAAGGCACGGCUCAUCAAAAUCAACACACCGUGUCGUGUAG